CAAAAACUACUUGUAGCGCCGCUGCAGAAUGGGGGCUAAAUAUGGUCCCAUCGACUGUCGCUGCUGGGGCCAGACACUCUGGAACAUAUGAUCUGACCCCGGAGUCUGUUGGGAGCCCGAGAGAGCAUAGAUAACUUGGCUGUGGGAAAAUGACGUCAGCUGUACGAUCCUGCGGCAGACUUCCCCGCAGAUAUCAUGUCCUCUUCUCGAAAACGUAAGAGCAGCAGCCAGAACAAACGGUCGAGUCAGAGUCACCAUGCAUCAGAUCAGGGCCCACCGGAUGCCUCUUCAUCGACAUCCAAUCAGCUCUAUAUCCAAGCCCAUGAAGCAGACAUAAUACGAGGUCGUCGCGCGAAAUCUGCUGCAAAAUCCUUAGAAGUGAACGUUGGUGCAAGUCGUUCGAUAGGCGACGGUCUUAUACACUUGGGUGAACAUGGGAAUAAUACAGACAAACCCGAUAUUCUCUGGGUGGACAGAUACGAUGCUCGCUUGCUUCUAGAUGAUAACGACGUCGAACGUGCAGGACGUUCUGUUCUUCCAGAAUCACCUGGCGGGUGGUCUGAUUUACCUUCAGACACAGAAGACACCUUUUUCUUUUCUUCCGAAGAAGCGGAUGACUACCGUCGGGAGAAGAAGAGACGCCUCAACGAUGAAGCCAGAGAGGAGCGACUACGUGCGCGCCUCGCUGAAGAUGGGGACGAGGACGAACAAUGGGGAGGUAGCGACGAGGAGCCCGAACAAUCUGUGAAAGAGGUUAUGCGCAGGACAGCAAAACUUAUUUUGUCAGCAACAAACCCAACUCAGAUGGAGAUGAAGGUCCUGGUUGAUUUCGGUGACAAACAGCCAGCUUUUGCAUUCAUGAAAGGUCGAUGGGGCAGAGCCUGGAACACCAUCAAAGCAACAACGCGAUUGCAGUUGGCAGAGGAAGAAAUACAGAAAAACACCAGCACCGGCCUGGGCGGGCUCGCAGAUUAUGGAGACAGCGACGCUGAAAGUUCGGACGGCGGGUAAAUGUCGCGAAGUGUCCGAGAAAGUCUAAAUCACACAGGAUAUCCAUGAAUAUGUUGUCCGCCUCACUGAACUAUCGUAACAUUCAUGUGUCGUCAUCUCCGUCCCAAUCGCCGUAGUCGUCCUCGUCCUCGUCCUCGUCCUCGUCCCCGUCCUCAUCCCCGUCCUCAUCCUCUUGUACUGCAACAAAGUAAGCGAAAAAAG